AUGUCGCACUCUGAUAGUACUUCAUUGAAAAAUUUUAUUGAUUGGAGCCAGGAAAAUGGGGCUGUUAUUGAUAGGUCCAUCAUCUUCGAAGUCACCGCCCAAACAGGCAUCAGGGCAGUUGCCUCUGAAAAGAUAAAAAGUAGUAAACACCCUUUGAUUUCUGUACCAAAAUGUUUAUUAAUUACUAAAGAGGAUGCCAAGAAAGCUUUUGAUUGGGGCGACAACAGGAAGCUUCCUACAGGAAAUCCUAACGCUCUAACUCAGUUGUAUUUAAGUAAAUUGAAGUUUGGUGACCAUGCCAUCAGUUCCCUUAAACCAUAUUUGGACAUUCUACCGCUGCAUUUAAAUCAACCGUACUUCUGGCAUAGAUCUCAAUUAGAUCUUUUGAAAGGCGCCGACUUAAUACUCGCUGUACAUGCGAACUUGGUCGAGAUUUGGAACGAAUGGAAAAAUUUGUUGACUGAGUUUGGAAUUGAGCAAGAGGCAAAAACUUGUGAUUUGGACUCUUUCGAUAAGCUCGUAGAUUAUAUCAGUUCGAACAUUGAUCGACUCCAUUCUGGUGAGACUGCAUGGACUAGUUUCAUAGCAUACGUGUGGUCCAGCGCUAUAUUCAGAUCGAGAGCUUUUCCAGAACUCAUGCUAGAAGAAAAUGUUGAAAAUCUCCAAACUGCAUUCUUGCUCCCCGUAGUGGAUCUAUUGAACCAUAGAAACGGUACCAAAGUUAAGUGGACCUUUAGUGAUGGUAAAGUUAAUUUCAUUUCGGAAGCGAAAGAGAUAAACGCAAAAGAGGAGCUGUUCAACAACUACGGAGACCGUUCGAACGAGGAACUGUUGUUGGCUUAUGGCUUUGUAGAGGAGAACAAUGUACAUGACAUUGCAAGAUUGACGCUGCAGUUAGAUUCCGAAACCAUUGCUAACUUUCGCAAGUGUGGAGUAAAGCUAGAUUUGAGAGAGAGCACGAUUAAAAAAAAUUGCAUUCAAUUUGAUAUAUCCUUAUCAAAUUCUUUACCUCUACCUCUACUACAGUUAUUUGGAUUUUUGUGCAAGCUGAAAUCGGAAUCUUUUCUGACGUACAGAUCAAUGCUCGAGGGUUCUGACGAACUUUAUAAAAUACUUUCUUCAAAGUUAGACUUCUUCAAAAGUGCCGCGAAAUCAGACUUUUCAAAGUUGGGGAGGUACAACAACCAAUUGGUAACAUCUACCGUUAAAAAGUAUUUUGCGGGGCAGAAAGCCAUUUUCCAGAAAGCUAUCGAAGAAGUGACAAGAUUUCAGAAGAAAACUUUGGAGUGUCUGAACUCGAACGAAAUUUCAUCUUUCAAAACAUUUUUCAAGCACGACACGACAUUUGCAAAUAGUUUGUUAUUUGCAUUCGGUGUCACAACAUAUAAUGAUUUGGUCUCCAAGAAUUGUUUGAAGCAGGCUCAGUUAUUAUGGAUUGUCAGAAUCGCAAAUAAAGGUGAUCUAACAAAGAAGCUUAGCUUCCAGGUGCCAGAUUAUAUUAGCGAAACCUUCAAUGAAGUCAGCUCUACAAUAGUAAUUGAAAAAGAGGAUGUUAUGGAAUAUAUGGACUUCUAUAAGAAGCUGUUCCCUAGACUAACAGAGAGGAUUCCUGAAAUUUUCGGGAGAGGUAAUUGGGGGAUCAGACAAUUCAUUGUGGCAGAUACUGUAUUCGACCGGUUGGUGUGGACAAGAAGACUGAAUGGCGAACCACACUUCAUGAAAAAAAAAGAAUUCUUGAUUAGAUAA